UUCAGUCCCCCGAUGACCAAUCCUCUUCACAUUGCUAUUUUUCUCAUCCGAGGUCUCUCAACGACCAAAACCACAAAAUCGAAACCAAACAAAUAAAACUAAAAAAAAAAUAAAGAAAAAAAGCUAAAUCAGAUCUGAGAUCGAAAUAAAAAGAUGAAUACGUUAAUCCCAUCGGAGAAACGAUGGAUCAUCACCGGCGUUUUACUAGCUGGUUUAGUAGGCGGUGCUUUGCUCUUCACAAGCUUCAUACGAGCCGCAGACGAGACUCUCUUCCUCUGCUCCACCGCGAGCGCCAAAAGCCGAGCCGUUGCCGCGGCUGCUGAAUACGAAGCCACACCGAUCCAGCUUCAAGCGAUCGUCCACUACGCUACAUCCACCGUCGUCCCGCAACAGAACAUGGCCGAGAUCUCGAUCUCUUUCAACAUCUUGAAAAAGCUAGCUCCUGCUAACUUCCUCGUGUUCGGUCUCGGCCGUGACUCGCUCAUGUGGGCUUCUUUGAAUCCACGCGGCAAAACCUUGUUCUUGGAAGAAGAUCUUGAAUGGUUCCAGAAAGUGACCAAAGACUCUCCGUUCUUGCGUGCGCAUCACGUGCGUUACAGGACGCAGCUCCAGCAAGCCGAUUCGCUUCUACGCUCGUACAAGAAGGAGCCUAGCUGUUUCCCGGCGAAGUCUUAUCUCCGGGGAAACGAGAAGUGCAAGCUCGCUCUCACGGGACUACCCGAUGAGUUCUACGAUACAGAGUGGGAUCUGUUGAUGGUCGAUGCUCCUAAAGGUUACUUCGCUGAAGCUCCGGGAAGAAUGGCGGCGAUUUUCUCGGCGGCGGUUAUGGCUAGGAACCGGAAGAAACCUGGAGUCACGCACGUGUUCUUGCACGACGUUAACCGGAGGGUGGAGAAGACUUUCGCCGAGGAGUUUUUAUGCAGGAAGUACAGAGUCAACGCCGCCGGGAGGUUAUGGCAUUUCGCUAUUCCUCCGGUGGCUGCGAACGCUACGGUUGACGCCGGUGAUUAUAGGUUUUGCUAAGAUUGUGACACGUAUCCCUCUUCCUUUUUUUUUUUUUUGCCUCUUUUGCCCUUUUUUACUUAUUUGAGGAAUCUUAUUUACAACAUAGGGUUCACUUAUUAUCUUGAUUUAGUCCCGACAGUUUUGGAUCUACAUCUCAUGUUUCGUUAUUUUUAGUUACUGUGGGGUGUCCCACCGAUUGCAUCCGGCAUUAUAUAUGUAUCACAUUUUUAUCAUAUAUAUAUGGUAAUAAUUAGAGAUUUAUA